AUGAAGAAGUACCUCUGGGGCAACAUCCCUGCCUUCGACGUCCUUCGACUUGGAUCAAAUGAAGGGGAAGAAUAUGGUGGAGUGAUACGCAUGUUGUUCGCUGCUUCAGGAGAUCUUCGAAAUAUCGUCAAGACGAUUGCCCAGCUUCCGAGUAGCUAUAGCCAACCCCUCGAACUUACAAUAAAUGACCGGGAUUUUGAAAUCGUCGCCCGCAACGCUAUCUUGCUUCUCAUUGCCCUAAUAUUGGAGGAAGUUGACGAGGCAGUCGAUUGCAUCAUUCACCUCUGGUACUCGGCUUUCGUACGCGAGUCAGACGUCGACGUCCUCCGUCAUCGAAUUCGACCUCUCAUCGAGGACGUCUGCAAAAAGAUCAAAGAUAAAAAGCCUGAGAGUCUCUUAGCGAAGACAUGGACUUUUGGGCGGCACUCCCUCAGAGUUAUUCUCGAAAGAUCGUCCUGGGACCGUCUCUUGUCUUUUGUUGACCCGCCAGCUAGCUUGACUGCUGAUCGUGCACGUGAAGUUCGUGCAGCUAUUACUCUGGCGGAAUCACGGAAAGACUACCGUGAUCGGUACAUGUAUUGCCAGUCUCCUUCGCAUCGAAUCGCUUUCAAUAAGUUUCGGGAGGACGGCAUCCUGCUCCCGUUUGGAUCCUCACGCCAUGAAUUUCGAGAACCAAACCCAACGUUCUUUCAGUCAGCUAAUACAUGGCCAAUGAACGACAACGCCGAUCCGCUUCAUGGAUGGUCUUUGGACGAGGUUUCCGCUACGUCAACAGGGCCUGCAACUGCGGAUAUAUACGGCAAGCUCUUCUUUUAUAUUAGAGCAAUGCUCCGAUCUUUUCUUGGUCGGCUCCCGAGUCUGAAGCUAUCUUUUGAACUCUUUCAGCUCGACGCGGAUCGCCUUCCUGACCAUCUUGAGAAUAAUUCUUUCAGUAGAAUCGAGGUGUCCAACAUUUCGGAUGCUGGGUGGUUGGGAAUUCACUACACGCUAAGUUUGAUGGUGCCCUUGCUUCAGACGCCUCUGGAAAAUCCACAUGCGAGCCUGAUUACCCUCUUCAUGAAUGCGGUUGACGAAACCUUAACCGAUGAAGACAGGAUACAGGACUUGAAGCCACAUAGUCCAACAACUAAACGCGUCUUCAAAUAUCUUCCUCCGCAAGGGAAGCCAACUUCCCUCUAUGAUCCCGAGCUCAUCAAAUUUAACCUUGGUCGGGACCUUGUCAGAACGUAUGACCACAUCUUCGAAAGGUACUCGAAGAAGCUGAAGUUCCGUGAGGCCGCCGAUUUGUUAGGGGCCGCGAUGAAGGAGACGCACACCAUCAUCGACAAGUGGCCCUAUAGACUGAAGUCCCGGCCCGGCCAAGCAGGCGCGCAAGAGGAGUUUGACCGAUGCAUUAGUGGAGGGAUGUCAGGGAAGGAGCGCUACGUAGAAUGGAAAAGAGUUCAUAUGGGUAUAAUUUGA